AUGGCGCCAACGAUACAAAACGUGGAUAUUCUGAAUUCAAGAACCCAAAUUAAUAUGCGUCUUAUAAACAAAUUAGAACAUGUUCAAAACAACGACACGUUGCUACCACAAGACUUCACCAAUAUAAACAGUGAUAAUGAUUUUGAUAUAAUCAAAUAUGAAGCUAUGGAAUUUAGGUCGCGUAUUAAGUGGCCAGAUUUAUUAGUGCAAGUGUCGUUGCAUUUAGUGACAAUAUAUGGAUUCUACCUCAUUAUAACUUGUGACGUGAAGUUCCUAACUAUACUUUUUGCAUUUGCCACAAUAUACACAUCCGGUUUCGGCAUUACAGCGGGUGUCCACAGACUUUGGUCUCAUAGAGCAUACAAAGCGCGGCUGCCACUAAGGAUUUUACUUGCUCUACUCUUCACCAUCACUGGUCAAAAAGAUAUCUACACAUGGGCUCUAGACCACAGAGUGCAUCAUAAAUACUCAGAGACUGUAGCGGAUCCCCAUGAUGUGCGACGGGGGUUUUGGUUUGCUCACGUCGGGUGGUUGGUCCUUACACCGCAUCCAGCUGUAGAGAAUCGAAGAGUCGCUCUUAAAAAUACUUCGGUUGAUCUCAUCAACGACCCUGUAGUACUAUUACAGAGGAGGUUUUUCAUUCCUCUGUUUAUAUUGCUGAACUUGGUGAUACCUGUGGGUAUUCCUGUAUAUUUUUGGGGAGAAACGUUGUUAAAUAGCUUUGUUGUAAGCUUUGUGACGAGAUUUACAAUCACUCUAAAUAUUGCGUUCUGCGUCAACAGCUUCGCGCAUUUAUGGGGCAACAAGCCUUAUGACAGAUUCAUAAAACCAGUGGAAAAUUCAAUAGUAAGUUUAGCCGCUUUGGGCGAAGGAUGGCACAAUUAUCACCACGUUUUCCCUUGGGAUUACAGAACGUCAGAAUUAGGAAGACUGAACAUAUCAACAUGGUUUAUUGAUACAUUUGCAAAAAUUGGAUGGGCGUAUGACUUAAAAGCCGCAACAGCAUCCAUGAUCAUCAACAGAGCUAGCCGAAGUGGUGAUGGCAGUCUCGGAGAAAUUGAAGAACCAGAUCCAAGCUGUUCUACAAAUUACAGUCACGAAGAAAAAUAUUUA